GUGGGCAGAAAAAAGGUGCACUUAGAGUGUAAAAUUAUCCCCCAAAUACAUCGCACAUGCCUUGAGCGGACGGCCGCUACCGGCGCGCCCCUCUCAAAGACGGUGGGCGGCUGGGACCGAGCGGAGGGACCGGGGCGGCGGCGUGGAGCUCCCGCCCGACACGGACGGCAAUCCAGGGCCCGGUGCCGGCACGUCCCCCAGGCCGGGCGGGGGCGGCGAGCCGCGGAGCCGGCAGGAAGGAGCCGGCCAGACCGCCCGAGCCGGCGCGCCCCCCGCACCCCGCACCCCGCGCGCCGCCGGCGGAAGUGCUGCGUCGCGCACUUCCGGGUGUUGUCUGGCCGCCGCCGCGCGUCCCUGGUCUCCCGGCCGCCGCCUCGGGUCCUGGAGCCGGGAACGACGUCACCGCCAUGGCCGGCAUCAAAGCUUUGAUUAGUUUGUCCUUUGGAGGAGCAAUCGGGCUGAUGUUUUUGAUGCUUGGAUGUGCCCUGCCAAUUUACAACCAAUACUGGCCCCUCUUCGUUCUCUUUUUCUACAUCCUCUCACCUAUUCCAUACUGCAUAGCAAGAAGAUUAGUGGAUGAUACAGAUGCUAUGAGUAAUGCCUGUAAGGAACUCGCCAUAUUUCUUACAACAGGCAUUGUUGUCUCAGCCUUUGGACUCCCUAUUGUAUUUGCCAGAGCACAUCUGAUUGAGUGGGGAGCUUGUGCACUUGUUCUCACAGGAAACACAGUCAUCUUUGCAACUAUACUAGGCUUUUUCUUGGUCUUUGGAAGCAAUGAUGACUUCAGCUGGCAGCAGUGGUGAAAAGGAAUUACUGAACUAUUGUCAAAUGGACUUACUGUCAUUUGUUGGCCAUUCACACGCACAGAAGACGGGCAGCACGGCUGAAUGGUGUAGCGAGCUUCUGGGGGCUUUGAGGUGCUCCCUUCUUACUUUCCUUGUAAGCAUACUAUUUUCACAGAGACUCGCUAAAGGAUUAAAAGGAUUUUCUCUUUUGGAAAAGCUUGACUGAUUUCACACUUAUCUAUAGUAUGCUUUUUGUUGUGUCCUGCUGAAUUUAAAUAUUUAUGUGUUUUUCCUGUUCAGUUUUUUUUUUUAAUCAAUAUGCCUUGUUAAACAUUUUUUAAAUGUAGUAACUGAUUGCAUCGGCUAGGAAUUCAGAAUUCUGCAGGCUGUAUUACUGGGCUAAAGUACAUCUUUUCUCUUAAAAUUAUUUAGUCUCCGUUAUUACAAAGUUUUAAAAAUAAGUUUUUCAAUCAGUCAGGAUAACAUCACUCCCAAUGUUAUGCAAACGUGCAGACCGUUGGCAAACUUUAUACUCAGUGCAAAUACAGCUUGUUUAUACCUCAAGAGGGGCCAAGUGUGAAUGCUCAUGCCCUCCAUAAGGGUUGAUAAUUUUACUAGUAGACAAGUGUUUUGUGAAUUGAAAAUUAUUUUAUGGAAUUGCUACAAAGGAGUGCUUUUCUUCUUAACUUUAGAAGAAUUUGUGUUAAACUUCAAGAUAAAGGUAUAAAAACAGAUUUUUGAGAUACGGCUUUUGUUUAUUAUAGUUAAAGUAGAGUGAGUUGCACUAUGGGAAGAAACAAUGUGGAAAUUCCAUUUUUGAAACCUGUUGCUGUUUAUAAAUGAAAUUUUUGAUUUUCUAUAGGUCUUUCUUGUUUUACCAUGAGUAAAAUGGAUAAACAUGGGACUCCUACUGAUGAGGGAUAGUUGUAUGUUUGCAUCAUAUAUACAGAAAACCUCCCUCUGGCUCCCUCCAUUGAACUUAUUUUGUAUAUUGUAUAUAUUAAUUAACUUUUCAGAUAUAGUUUAAAUAACAGGUAGAAGUGUUUAACUUACCUGGAAAAUAAUUGCUAUGCCAUACAUUCAGAGAGCCCCCGCCCCGCAAGGCCUUGACAUAAUUAACAAGUGACUUGUUAUCUUGCAGAUAAUUAAUGCAUUCACAGUUUAAGAUUUAGACCAUGGUAAUGGUAGUUCUUAUAUCUAAGGUUAUAUCAUACGUAAUUUAAAAGUAUUUAAGGCAAGUUUCCUGUAUACCUCUCAGCUGUUUGGGUUUUGAUUCCAUCAUGAUAGAUCUAUUUCCUUAUACAAAGCAACUGUGUGAAUUUAUGCAAAGUAGGCAAACCCAGCUGCCGUAUCAGCUUCAGACACAAACCUGACCCCCAAAUUCCCAGUAAACAGGCAUGAUCAAAUUAUAGUGGCCAUUCACAUCUCACAAUUAUCAAGACUUUUUUUCAGGAGCUGGUUAUGAAAAUGUUCCAGUUGGUCAGAUGGUAUUUUGUUAGGGAAAUGUUUGUAUGUUUAUUCAAUAUUCUUUUUUUUUUUUUUGCAGUUUUUGGGUGGGGCCGGAUUUGAACCUCCAGUAUAUGGAGCUGGCGCCCUACUCUUUGAGCCAGAGGCACCGCCCCUUUAUUCAGUAUUCUUACAUAAAAAUUGUUUUGCCCUCAGCCAUACUGAGGAAUCCUGACAGUUAUCUUUUGUUCUAUAAGGUUUAUUUCUCAAGAAAGUGGGAACAAAUUUGGAGUUUCUUUGGCUUUUUACAGAAGAUGCCUAAAGCCAUGGUUUUACCACCUAUCCCAAACCGUUACUUUUAGCUAUGAGAUGAGGGGAAGCAGGAUAAAACAUAGGCAUGUGGUGGAACCCUUCACACAGGAGGCUGAGGAUGACUUCAUUGUUAGGCUGCUAGGUACACAUGAAUUAGGAACCUGUACGUGUUUAGGAUGCACAGGUGCACAUGAAUUCAACAGCUGGUGGCACAGUUGGGAACUCGUUGUGCUUGUGAUCUAUGGACUUUUUUCAGGAAGUACGUUUUCUGGUCCUCUCCCAUUUUCCGUUCUUCUAGAUGGCAGUCAGCGCACUGCUGCUGUUUUGUCCUCUGGGCCAUAGACUCUUUUUUCUAACAGCUACAUAUUCUUUCUGUAUUCUGAUUGCAUUGGCAGCCUUGUGUCUUUGACCUGUACACUAGCUUGACAUAGUGCUGUCUCUGAUUUUUAGGCUAGUGACUUGAGGUAUGAAUUUUCCAUAGAAUAUGCACUGAUAAUACAUUGCCAUUCUUCUAUGGAAAGAAAACUUUUGAUGAUGAAAUAAAGAUUUUAAAUAUCUA